CGCCAUGGCUCUCGUGCAGACCGAUCCCGACGCGUAUGUGAUCAAGCCCGAGGCGGCUGCGCCCGCCAUCGACACCAGCGACUGGCCGCUGCUGCUCAAGAACUACAGCGAUUUGCUCGUUCGCACCUCCCACUACACUCCUAUCCCCAAUGGAUGUGCGCCGCUCUCGCGAGACCUCAAGUCGUACAUUAGCUCUGGUGUCAUCAACCUCGACAAGCCCUCCAACCCGUCUUCUCACGAGGUUGUGUCGUGGAUCAAGCGCAUACUGAGAGUUGAAAAGACCGGACACAGUGGUACUCUCGACCCCAAGGUCACUGGUUGUCUGAUUGUCUGCAUCGACCGCGCCACCCGUCUCGUCAAGUCCCAGCAGGGAGCUGGAAAAGAGUAUGUGUGCGUUAUCCGCCUGCACGACAAGCUGCCUGGGGGCGAGGCGCAGUUUGCGCGCGCUCUGGAAACACUGACGGGAGCUCUGUUCCAGCGACCCCCACUCAUUUCUGCCGUUAAGCGUCAACUCCGUAUCCGAACCAUCCACGAGAGCAAGCUGUACGAGUACGACAAUGAGAGGCAGCUUGGCGUGUUCUGGGUGAGCUGCGAGGCCGGAACCUACAUUCGUACUCUGUGCGUGCACCUGGGUCUUUUGCUGGGUGUCGGUGCGCACAUGCAGGAGCUGCGCCGUGUGAGGAGUGGAGCCAUGGACGAGACUAAGGACCUCGUUACUCUGCACGACGUCCUCGACGCCCAAUGGUUGUAUGACAACAACCGCGACGAGGCCUACCUGCGCAAGGUCAUCUCUCCUCUCGAGAGCCUCCUGAUGAGCUACAAGCGUGUUGUUGUCAAGGACAGCUCGGUCAACGCCAUCUGUUACGGAGCCAAGCUUAUGCUGCCUGGCCUGUUGCGCUUCGAAAAGGGAAUCGAGAUCCACGAGGAGAUUGUGCUCAUGACGACCAAGGGUGAGGCCAUUGCGCUCGCCUAUGCGCAAAUGUCGGCUGUCGAGAUGUCGUCGUGUGACCACGGCGUUGUGGCUAAGAUCAAGCGCGUCAUCAUGGAGCGCGACCUCUACCCCAGGAGGUGGGGCAUGGGCCCGGUCGCUACUGAGAAGAAGAAGAUGAAGGAGGCGGGCACCCUCGACAAAUUCGGCCGUCCCAACGACAAGACUCCUGCCAAGUGGAACUCUGAGUACAAGGAUUUCAACCGCACUGAUGUUGAUGGUGCCGCCGCACCUGUGGCUCAAACCACGUCGACUUCUGAGGUUCUCGCUGCUCCUGCCAUCCCACCUACCGGACUUGGCUCAGCGGAGGAAGCUGAGGCGGAAGCCGAGACCAAUGCCGCUGAGGAUGGAGAGAAGAAGAACAAGAAGCGCAAGAGCCGAGGCGACGGUGAAGAAGAGGGCGAUGAAGACAAGGCUGAGCGUAAGCGCAAGAAGAAGGAAGAAAAGGCAGCGAAGAAGGCGGCCAAGAAGGACAAGAGGAAGAGCAAGGGCGGCGAUGACAGCGACUCCGACUAAACGAUUGAUACGUGAUCCAUGGACGUCGGAAUAGCGAUCAACGCUCUGUUGCGGCCAUGCAUACGAGCGCAGUGCAUGAAAAUCGUUGUACAUGUCAUAGCUACUGAUACUACUACUCUAUCCUUGGAUACCAGCUUCUUCAAUGUAGCAUACGGAAAAUGGCGUUUGGGAAUUGGGGCAUUCAGGCGUUUGGCGCGUCGAAGCUUCUGCGACAGGGGCGGUUGACUAUGUGUUGAAGUGCGACAAAAUCAUAGCUAAAUAUGUUGAAUCCACUGUUU